CGACCACGUGACCUGUGCCUUCAUAAGCGCGAGUCUGUCAGGCAGAGCUGGUUUCCUGUCUGAGUACAGAACGACUUCGUAACUAAGUUUAUCGGCUUUUGAGAGCGUGUUUGUUUUCUUUUUUCUUAGCAAAAUUAAUGAAAACGUUGUUCUUUUUUUUUCGGUCGGUGAAAAGCCUGUGAACAGAAAUGCAAAUUGGGAAAUAAGUUCUUGCACAUAUCAGAGUAAAACUGCAAAAUCUCACUGGAUUCUGAUAUGACCAAGAUGAUACGCUUCCAGCUCAUGUGCCAGAACUGCAAUGUGCAGUAUGAGAAAAUUAAGGACUUUAAGGCUCAUGUCCGGAAUUACAGACAUAAGCAGGAAGUGGCGAGACUUUUUCAGACAGCUGUACAUAAGGGACCAGUUUACUUUCCAAUGUUUGUUUUCCUGGAUUACAUGAGGAACCCAAACCAUGCUGAACCACUCGUUGGUUUCGACAUGAUGACCAUGUUUAUUACUCCUGAAAAAAUUGGUGCCCUUUACCUGUGCCACUUAUGUGAGGAGAAGUUAAACUCUGGAAAAGUUGUAUUGCAUCUGUGCUCUGAUAAGCAUUACUCAAGAUACUUGGCCUACACUAAUCCAGAGUUGCUGCGGUUUGCUUGGCUUAAUGACUCCUCUUAUCUGCAAUCCAGUGCUACAAACGAGUACAACACCAAUGGUUCUGGUAACCUACGGGUUUUCGAGCUGCCCGGGAUGAUGUUGAGGAGGUGUCAAAAACUGCCAUAUAAUCAAGUCAUGUCAGUGCUUUCCAAAACAGACAAGCUAAUGGAGCGUAUCCAAGCUGGUAUACCACGGAGGAAAUGCAUUCAAGAGUACAUCACUGACCCUGCCAGAACUAAUCCAUUAUUGGGCCUGAGCCUACUGCUUGAGUACUCUUGUCCAAAGAAUGAGGGAUAUUGUGGGUAUCUCUGUAUUCUGUGCAAGACCAAUCUUUCAGCUACUCAAAGCAUCUCCCAUUGCAUCAGCUUUGAUCAUGUUUACUCAUAUCUGAAAGCUGCUCACCCAGCCACUUUAGACUCUCCCAAGAGCAGUUACAGUCAAUUCUCCUACAGUUUCCACAAGAAGGUUCUUUAUCUGGCAAAUCAAGCGCAGACUGUCUGCCCUCCGACGGAAAUACAGAGUGUACAUCUGGAUCUGGAAUGCUUUAAACUUGUUAAGUCCUCAAGUUAUGCAAGUGCUCUGGAAAAGCUGCAGGUAAUAUGGAGAGAGAGAAACCAGAGUGAACUGAAUGUUAAUAUUACACCCGGAGAACGGAUCAUGUUUGUUCCAGAGGAUUCUAGGUCAUCUACUAGCACAGUGACUACAGACAGCUCAGCAGAGCAACAAGAGGAGAAAACACAAAUGGAAGGUCCUGUCACUCAAACUACAGAUGAUCCACCGUGCAAAAUUUUGUGUGUAGAAUGUGACAAGACAGUAAAGUUUAUAAAAGAUUACAAGCAGCAUAUUAAGGGAAAGCAACACAAACAGAAACUCAUUGAGCUGUUUGGACCAGGCCAGUACAGUGGAACCGUCUCUGAGAUUAAACUGUACCAGUUCAUAUGGAACUGCUAUGGCAAGAAGUCGUUUACACCAAUCAUAGGCCUUCCAUUGCUCACUGUGUUUGUACAGAGGCAUAGUGUGGAUUUUAAAACACCACCAUUCUACCUGUGCCAUGCGUGUGAGCUUAACAUCCCUGUCUCCUCCACGUCCAUCCACCUUACAUCCACAAUGCACUACCGCAAUGUCUUUGCAUACUCCAAACCAGACCUUGUUUUUCUUGAACACCGGGAUUUCACCCAGGUUGCACAAGAAGAAGAACUGAGUCAGGGAAAGCAGAAGAUGGUCCUACAAGUGUGUGAGCUUCCAAGUCAGCAGUUUACAGAACUCAGGACCCUGGCAUAUGGAAAAUUCAUGGAAACAAUUGGGAAGAAAUCUCCAAAGCUGAGAAAAUGUGUUCAAGUUGAGAAGCGAGUGACACUGCAGUCAUACUCUAAAAGUUGUGAAAGGAAGUCUCCACUGCUUGGUCUGCAGUUCAUUGUGAAAUAUUCUACAACCCAGCAUUAUUACAGAUGUGGUUAUCUGUGCUUGCUGUGUGCAAAGAAGUUUUCAGAAAGGCAUGUCAUUAUCCAUGUUUUGAGCUUUCCUCAUAUUUUCACCUAUCUUAAUAUGGCCCAUCCUGGUUCCUUGAAGAAAGAGGAUGCUGAGCAGGUGGCUCUGAUCAUGGAUGUGGCACAGCAGGCAGAGAAAAUCACUCCUAAUAUGACUUUGCAGGAAGUGGACUUGAGCUUUGGAAAAUUUAUCGAAAUUGAAAAAAACUCCUUUAUGUCUGCUGUGGAUGUGCUACAAGUGGUUUUUAGAAAUAAAGGACUGGGAGAACUCAAACCUUCUGUUGUUCCUGGAGCAAGAUUGGUGUCCAGUUUUGAGACGAACAAGAACAAUAACACUUCAAAGUUUGAAAAACAAGGGCAUGCAUCAUCAGACACAGACAAAUUGAACAUAGAUGGUACACGCACCGAUACACCCAUGCCCAAAACAGAAGAGAACAUGAAUUCAGAAUCUCCUGAUCUCCUACAUAAAGAACAUGAAGAGCUACGGAAAACCCCACAUAUACUCAUAACACACAUACAGCCUGCUGAACUAUCAUUAGCCACAACACAUUCCAACUCGACAUCUUCACAGCCUCCAAUUACAUCCUUGCCCAAAGAGCAAUCUGAGCCCCUGAAAUUGGCCCAGAAUUGUCUGAAUCAAGAAAGACUUCCUGACCACAACUCCACAGAGCAUGUUCCAACUGUAAAACAUCGUGAACCUCAAGACUCCUGUGUAUCUGAACAGCAGAGUGCAGAACUGGCACCAAAAAUUGCUAUGCAGGUGGAGGAUCUGCAGACUCCAGCACAGUUUCCUCCUUACUUGAACUCUGGGACCCCAGCAGUUCCUCAGACCCACUUGUCAACUUGUACUGACCUCCGGUACUACCUGAAGACACCCAACAGACAACCUGUAAUAGGUUUAAAAUCUGUGAUUGAAUGUUGCACCAUUGGUCAACAACCAUUCUACAUGUGCAUCACAUGUGCAGAAAGAUGUGCGGAGAGCUCCAUAAUAAAGCAUAUUUUAAGCCACAAUCACCGACUCCAGUAUCUGAAAUCUCUAGGCAUUGGUAUCGAGCAGGGCAACAAAAAGGCGAUGACUAAAUGGUUGCAAGCCCAAGCAGUAAUGGUAGAGAAUAUGGAAGGAUGUGGAGAGGCAGAGACAAUAAAUUUGGAUGCUAAAAAUUACCAUGAAAUCUCCAGUGCAUGUAUCCUAUCUGCUUUGGGAACUCUAAGGGACUCUCUCCUCAAGCUGACAUCUGAGAUGAGUGUUGAAAGCCCAGAGGAAGCGUGCUCUGACAACUUCAAAAGUGAUGAGAGCCACGGACCUGAAACAUUCAAAAGAGUAAAGGAAACUGAAGAAAAGGACAGUCCAUGUCCUCACCUAAAUGAAACUGUGAAGUCCACAGAGCCUGACACUGAGCCUGAAACUCCUAAGCAAAAUCCAGAUGACCCUGCUCGAAGUUCACCGUAUUUAUGGUCUUACCUCACAAGCCCAACUCGCACAGAGCCAGUAAUCGGUUUGAGUAUGAUCACAGAAUAUCGUAAUUCCAAUGGCCAGAACUCCUUUCUCUGCUCCUGCUGCAAAAUAAUCCUUCCUACUACUGGUUACAUGGACCACCUGAUUAGCACUCACCAUCGCUUCAACUACAUUAAAAGUAAGCACCCAGAGUUCAGCAUGAACACCAAUAAUACAGAGCUCCAAAAGAAAGCACAGCUUGUACAGGACAGAGAGGGCUGGGGAUGCCUCAAGGUGGUAGAAAAAGAAAAUAAGCAGCCUCAAAAAAAGACUAAGCAGCCAUCAGAAGAUGCUGAGAACUCUGGGCCAGAUGCCAAGGCCCAGAAACUGGAGUCGUCACAAACUGAAGGUGAUGCUGAGCCACAAGACCAUAACAGCCUUAAGCCAAAAACUACAAAACAGCAGAACAAGAAAAAAAAGAACCAACGCAAUGCUGUGAUUGGAUUGAAUUUUGUUACUUGUGUGCAUCAUGACAAAAAGAAGCUGUUCUUCUGUGAACUCUGCUCUGUCCGAGGUCAUUUCAAUCACAUGUCUAGUGUGACCCACAGGGAAACCUAUGUGAAACUUAAAUAUCCUGGUUGGACUGCAAGUGACAAAAACAAGGACAAGAAGCUGCAUAAGAUAGCUUUGCGCUUAUCACCGGUGGAGCGAAGCACUGGGAUGGGAAUGAAGAAACUGAAUGUCACUGCCAAAGUCUUCACAGCCUUACGUACUGCUCCUCUCAAUGAAGCCCUGAGUCAGCUAAAAUUGCUACAGACAAAGCCAGAAGAUGGAGUGGACCUGCAAACUCCUUCUUCCCAACCUGAACAUGGUACAUGCAUCAGUUCUGGGGAUCACAUAUGUCCUGCUGCAAUUACCAACUCUUUGCAGCAGGAGAAAUCCCCCCUGCUGGAGAAUCGUUUAGUUCCAGAUGAAACUCCUAAUCCUCUAAAUACAGCCUACUCGUGCCACACCCCUCCUCUGAUUUCAUGCUGUCCUGUCUCAGUUCCUGUCUCAUUCAUUCCUCAUUCAUCCCCCUUUUCUACAACUUCUCCUAUGUCAUCCUCAAAAGAGCUUCAUGCUCCCUCCCACCACUCCAGCCACAUUUCUCCUCCACCACCACUCCAUUCUUCACCAUCUCCUGUCCAUAUUCCACCUCCUCUAUCCUCUCAACCUGUAAGUCAAAUUCAGUAUUUGUUUGUACCACAUCCCCUGUAUGAACCCAUAUCACCUCCAUCUGCAUCAGACUGCCAGGACGUAAACGAUGUUGCGCCUCCAUAUUCAUAUUCUGCACCUCCUGUGUAUGAACCUGUAUCACCUCAACCUGCAUCAGACUGCCAGGACAUAACCGAUGUUGCUCCUCCAUAUUCAUAUCCUGCACCUCCUGUGUGCGAACCCAUAUCACCUCAACCUGCAUCAGACUGCCAGGACCUAACCGAUGUUGCUCCUCCAUAUUCAUCUACCCUUCCAACUCCUGUCAACCUUACUCAUCACAUGGAACAUGAAGAACCUCCAAAUGUUGCAGGUCUUGUUCAUCCUGAAACAGGGCCAGUUGCCUCAACUUCAUAUGCAGAGUCCGAAGGUGCUAGUGGAUCGAAGCUCACGUAUCGCCAGUCCGUCCUGAGAAAUGAAAGCGAACUUCGACAUGACACUAGACCAUCAAAAAAUUACUAUUUUCCAAACCUACCCACAGUGCUGGGACAGAGUCACGCCUCCUGGUUUCUACAUGUGAAGGGACUUCCUAACACCGUUCCAAUUAUAGGUCUGUCUAAUAUAUUGGAGUGCCGAGGUAUUUCACAGCCAACUUUUUUCCUGUGUCUAAACUGUGCUGAGAAUGUUAGCAACAAGAACUUUUGUGCCCAUAUGACCAGUGAACGGCACCAACACUUGUCCAUUAGCACUCAGUAUCAUGAGCUAUCUCAGCAGUGGCAGACCAUUCGUCAGAUGACCGUUCGUGACUUGGCAGAGAAGGGGUUAGAUGCUAAGGUCAUCAAGCUGAACCAAAACCAGCACGAGUCUCUGCGUUCUGCAGACUUCCAUGAAGCAAUUGAAAUACUACAGAGGAUGUUUGGACCAUGUUUGGAUGAGAGCUCCCAGCCAUCAUGCCUUGCAGGCCAGAAUCAGAGAAGCAAUGAAAUGGUGAGGUCACCACCAGAGUCUGUGGAAGCUGAAAAAGAAAGAGAUCAUACCUCACAACAAAGCCAUGACAAAACAACACAAAUUCAGGAACUUCACGUUAGUCAAGUACCACUCAAAGAUUGUUUUCCAGAAUUUGAUAGUGUGCAGAAAAAGCUUGGUAAAAGCAGUAUAGCAUGCACCAGCACACAUAAUCAUCUGCUGCAGAGUCAAAGCUCUCCAGAAGCCUUGCCAGAGAGUGAGGCUCAAACACCACAGCCCCAGCAUCAGUCUGUGGUACACACAGAUCUGACAGCUGAGUCUGACAGGAGUUCACUCCACUCUCAUAAGCCAAUCUCUAAAAGAACAAUGGAAAACCCUGCUGUAGACGGUCCAAAUGUAACUGCCUUAGAAACUCCAGAGUCAGCCACAGCAGGUUUAAGAGAAAGAAGGCCAGAUCACACGUCUCCUCAUACACCCACAAUCAGACAGGAGCAAACUGGUCAUGAGGAAGUUUACUGUGGGGUCAAUAUCACUCCCACUUUGGAAGCAAAAAGUUCUAAAGAACCUACAGGGAAUUCCCUCAAGCACAGUGACUUGAAGUGUAUAAACAAAACUAGAACAGAGGCAGAUGCUGUGGUUGGUCUGCCAGCAGUGAUUGAGUGCAGAAGUGAGGGUCAGUCUUCACUGUACUUGUGUGUCUCCUGCUCCAGCAAACUCGACCAUGACCUCAUCAACAACCACCUGAUAAAGUCUGGCCACAGAUAUAGUUACCUGAAAAAACGUUACCCCUCUUUGUUUGAGGACUGGUCUGAUUCCGAUAGUAGAUCUGAGAGAUCCAUGAGGCUCAUGAGGCUUGCUCACAGAGUGGAGAUGACCAAUGAGGAUGAGCCUGGUGAGCUACAGGUGAUGAACCUGAACUGUGAUGACUUAAAGGAAAUAAAAGGCAUUCCAUUUGAUAAAGCCAUCAUACAUUUGCAGAAAAUCAGAAAAGAGCAGAACCUUUGUGCACUCAAAACUUGCAUUUCUCCCAAGAUGGCAAAACGUUUGAUAAAACAGGAGAGAAUUGAAACAGACGUGACAACCCAAAAUUCAUUACAGCUACCUGAGAUGAUUUCACAGGGACCAAGGAGAUCUGCUAAGCGCAGGGCUGUUGAACAAGAUUUAGCUCAUGGAUCGUUUUCAGGGAAAGAACAAUGCUCUGAUGUCCCAUCCAGUCAUACGAAACAGUCUCCUGCUGUAGGGAAUAACCAAGAACCGUCAGAUCUCCCAGUAAAGCGAAACAAGAUCUCAGGCAACGAUUUAGACAGUGUUACACAGCUCCAGAAGGAGUCUUUUAUUUUGACUACAGCCAAUCCUAUUAAAUCAUUACAUUGUACACCAGCCACAGUUCUAAAGACUUCUAGAAGUUCUCCCAUAGACUUAGACCCCAGUUCUCAGGCUUGUAAGAGAACUACUUCCAUGGAUGAAACUGUGCUUCAAAACUGUAUAAAGCAAGAAUCUUCAUCAUCCAUUUUCGAACCUCAGCAAACAGACUCCUGUCCCAGCACUAGUACCAUCACUGCUCUCUCACCCAUGAAGGGUCAAGAAAUUGCUCGACUGUCUGAAAAAAGACCUUUGGGGAAAAAGAGCUUAAGUGAGAAUGUCUGGAAUUAUGAAAACCGACAGUUUAGCACCGAAACACCCAGUAUGACUAAUACGUAUCCAGUAGCUGACUAUUCUACCAAGUCUGCGGCUAUGAAGCAGCAAAGCUUCAUGUAUUCACCGCACAAUUACAUUGAAGAGCUCAAUCCUCACUAUAACUGGAAAAUUCCUGAUACAAUUCUGGACCCCAAUCUGACUCGUAAUGCAAAUGUGUACCUUUCAAUGGUCUCUAGAUACACCACAACAGCCUCUGUCACUAGUCAAAUGUCACCUGAAUGUGCAGUGUCUCAUCAGUAUCCCAUGUAUACGCAUACGGAUUACCCUUCAGUUAUUGCUGUAUCUAAUACAGUGGCACCUGAUUAUUUAGUGCCAGUAGAUGAAAGGACCAUGAAUUAUGAAGCAUCUGCCCCAGGUGUUUCUACAAAUGGUACAUACUUCCCGAAUGCAAACUCCGCUCCCCCACCGCAUACAGUUUAUCAGUCUCAACAGGUGUACCAGCCGAUUCAGUCAUUCCAGGACCCAGAGACAUAUCACGCCUACUAUGCUUGCUGUACCUACAAUCAGGGACUUCACACUAACCAAACGGCAGCAGACAGUGAAAAUGUCACUUCUACACCUGCAUUUGAACAUGAUGUUUACCCACUGGCAGGCUGGCCACAAAAAAAGAACUGAAUAAGAAACUGCCAAAGGACUUCACAGAUGUUGCUGAAAACCAAAGUGAAUAGCCAAAACAAUAAGCAUUAAUUUUUUAUUUAAAAAAUGACCUGCUUUUUUCAGUUCUAAGUCAUUUACAUAGGGUCUUAUAAUUCUGCUCUAUACAUUACUCUGAAUAACUGUGUCAUGGCUGGCUGUUACAAUUCCAUGGAAUAUUAAUGAUGCAUGUGAGAUGUUUUGUAAAAUUUACUAUAAUGGUAUUUAUUGGCCACAUGGGCCUUUCCCUUGUCUUAUUAGAGAUAAGGCUGCUUUGAUAUUUUUUUUUUAAUUUAAAUAGUUUUACCCAAACUCUUUUGAAUGUAUAUUAUUUUGAAAGGGAAUACAUGUUUGGAGAUUUGAAUGUUUUUGAGAAACCUGAGGUUGUUGGGGGUUUUAUUUUUUUUGUUUUUUUUCUAUUUUGCUGUUGUAUUUUUGCAGAUAUGUUUUGUUAAAUAAAAUCUCAGAAAUGUU